AUGAUGAUUGUUUUGAAGCAUCACACAAUUAUCCCUAAAAGCUUAUCUUUGUUCUUAUAACUCGUCAUUUUAAUUUAGCCAAUCUUUAUGGUGAUGGAAACGGGAUUACAAAUACACCACACUGAUAAUUCUGUACCCCAUCUGAUAAUUCUGCUAUUAUUCAGACAGGAUUUACUGCUUCUAGAUUAGAAUUUCCAUUAGGCUCAACUCUAUUUGAUUGUGCUUGCAUUCUAACUAUUUCAAAAGGCAUUAUAAAUCUCUAUUACCUUUUAUCUCUUUCGAAUUAAGGACAAAGCUCUCUACUUCUAGCAGAUUGACUAAAGCAACUUAAUCCAGAAGGGAUUAGUGAUCUUGGCUACUUUAAUGUAAUUAUAAUUAACCGCCCUACAUUUGCUAAGUUCAACAUUUUGUUUGAUGAGUUUAACAUUUGCAUUUAGAAAUGGAGAUUAAUAUGUUCACUUAUUUCUAUCCAUUUUCACAUACGUCUCAUGGUAAGUAGAUUAUAUUUUUACUUUAUCUCUUUGUAGCACACCUCUCACUUAUAAAUAUCACUAUUUAGACAUAACAAAAGUAACAAUAUUAAAUUACAUAAUUUAUUUGCUCUAAUAAUUGUAAAUUAUAAUAUUUUGUGUCAUUGAAGAUAAUCAAGAAAUUAAACUUGUAAACAUAAUUUUAUUAUUAAUUGAAAUAAUUUCAUAGCUUACUAAUUAAUUCAUAAAUUAUAUAUAUAUUUUCAAGGAGUCUAGAUUAUUACUAUAUUUUACAAUUGCAUUUAAAAUAGCUUUCUGUUGCUACUACCUUCAGCCUACUGUUAGUUCAGAAUAUCUGAUUAUUCCUUUACUCAUAUACCCUAUCAUAUUAUAUGCAUUUCUUGCUUUGGAUUAUGAAAUUAAUAAUAGGCUUUUUGCUAAUAUCUUCAAAGAUUCAGCAUCUAUACCUCUACUCAUUCACCAAUUAAAAAUGAUCUUAAAUCAGUGUGAUAUCAACAUCAAAAUGAACCCAUUAAAAUCCUCGUUGAUCAAUAAUUAUCAUCGUAAGAGUUGUGAAAAUGAAGAUUGCAUUUGCUCUAAUAAGUUAUACAUUUUAGAAAUCUCCCAAGCGAAUGCAAUCACUCAAGCCAUUCUGAAAUAAUUUCUCAGGUCCAGAAUAAAUAACAUAAUGGACACUAAACAUUUAUCAAAGAAUUCUUAAGUAAUUGAUUUAUUUUAUGUACAAACUUUAUUCUAUUUUGAUUUUGGAUGGUUGACGGAUUGUAUUAAAAAUGUAAUUCAUCUAUUGAGUUGCUCUGAAAAUAAUUAAAAUCUAGUGAUUAAGAACUUUAUUUAAAAAUGUAAAAAUAUAGAAGAGACAUUAAAGGAAUCUUCUAUGAAAUAGGAUGUAUCUAAUUAACAAGUUCAUUAAUACAUUUAUGUGAAGAUUUAACUAGAUAUGACAGAAUAUUGCAGAUUAAACUAUGUUUUACACCUAGCUAAAUUUAAAUUAAAAUCAUCUUUGGGAACAUCGAUGUAAGCAUUUUAAUAAUUGAUGGUCUCUGAUUUUAUCACGUCGUUUUUGAAAUACGAUAAGUGUUUAAGGGAUAUACAAAGUUAGACUUUAAAUCUGAUCCAUGAGAAAAUCAAUUUUUAUCAUGCAAUAAUUGAGGAUGAAAAACGAAACCUCAAUAAUUUAGCAGUUUAGACUAAAAAGAUUUGUGUGAAAUUAACUUAAAUGAAAAAGAGACUCAAAUAGAUCUACGAUUAAUAUCCAUGUAAAAGCAUGCAGAGAUGUUUGUGUUUUUUCUAAAGCGAAAUAUUGAAUAAUUAUUAUGAAGCAAGCAAAACAUCUUCAAUUACAUCCAUGACAGAUGAUAAAAUCUUUAGAAAUAAGAAGAUAAGAAAUUACGAGAUUCAAGUGGAAUAAACAGCUUAUAUAAUCUUAUCAAUCAAAGGAGAAUUGGAUGAUUUUAAUAUUGAAUAAGGUUCGUCAUUUCUGUUGUCAUUAAUAGGCUAUGAUACAUAUAAGGAUGUUCAAUUCUAUUAAUUAUUGCCUAAAUUUAUGAGAAGUUCCCAUCCUAAAAUACUGAAUAAAUUUUUUAUGAAUGGCCAAUCUCGAUUUUAUAAAAGUUUUAAUUAAAGUUUUAUCUAGACCAAGACUGGACUGUUAAAAACAGUGUUCUUAACUUAUGACAUCACCAAAAUAAUAUUAAAUUAGAACUUAGUAUUUGCUGCAUUCUUACAAGAGUUGCCAGACUAAAAAUGCUUUAUGUUAUCACAUGGGAACAAAGGAACAUUAAUAUUUUCAGACAACUUCUUUUUAAAAAUUGGAUUUGACUAAAGAGUUAUUUUGAAUUUACCAACUUAAGUCAUCAAUUCUCUUAACAUGUAAUAUCUAAUUCCAGAUUUUCCAAUGGAGCACUCAGAAACAGAGACAUCACAGUUCAAUACAGAAAUGAGAUUCUUAAUGGAUAGAAAAUUGAAAGAACUCUAAGUUCAAGGUACAAAUUUGAGUGAAUACAUAUUGGAUAUAGAAUAAUGGGAAAAAGAAGAUCAAGUUUGUUUAUAUAAUAUAUCUGUAAUGAUUACUAAACGGUACAUUGAACAAUAGUCAUAUCUAUUAAUUGAGAUGUCAUCGAUUACAAGAAUCACCAAGUUUUCCUAAGAUGCCUCGAAAUUUUAGACAAUUCAAAAUUUUGAUAUUACUCCACAAAAAUCUCCAGUUCAUAGAUAAAGAAAAAAUUCAGUUAGCAUAGCUUCAUUAAUGAAUUUAAGCGUAGAAGCGUAGGCAAAGAAAGUAAAAGUUAUGGAUGUUAGAAAGAAAGAAAUUCAAAUGAAUGAUUACUCAGAGGAUGAAGCUGCUUGUUAUAUUUCAUCAUUCAGAAAAGAUGAGUUACAAAAUCAUGCCCCAUUUUAAAGCCAAAGGCAAUUAUUGUCCGAAAGAAAAAAUGAUACAUAAUAGGAAUUUUUCAAUGUUGAUCUGCUGAGGAUGGAUUCAAAUAUAAAAUCAUCUAUGGAAAUUCAAUAAUCGUAGACUAGUAAAAGGAAGAGAGAUUAAAAUGAAGAGGUGUAAUCUUAAUAAUCUUCAAUUGGAGGAGUCAAAGAAUCGUAAUUGUUUAAGAAGUUUGAGAUGAUAGAGAAGAUAAUUAAAAGCAAAAAGUUUAAAACAAUGAUGAUUUAUAUAGUGCUACUGAUUAUGUUGACUAUGUUCUGGGUAUCAUUCACCAUAGUGGUUGUCACUGCAAUGUCAUCUCAAUUAUUAGAAUUUAUAUAAGAAAUCGACAUGAUAUCUUUGCAUGCUAGUAUAAUGGGACCACAUGAUAUGUACUUAUCAAUAAAAGUCACAGUUUCAGCUUAUCAACAAUUGUAUAGAGAAAACUAUAUAGAUUAUUCUACUUUAUUGAAAUUGAUUAACCCAUUAUUUGAGUUCAAUGCUCCUUAUUACUUCGAUCUACAAAAUAGCUUUUAUGAAGUUCUAACUGAUGUCCAUUUAACUGAUUUCUUUGUUGACAAAUAUUAAACUGUAUAUUUUAUGGGUAAUAAUGAUACAGUAAUUUAUAGUCGCACAUUGUCAUUCAGAGAGGAACUUUUAGCAGUAAUAAAUGCAUAAUAUUAAUUGAAACGAAUUUUUGAUGAACGUUCGAAUGCAGCAGGAUAACCAUGCUAAGUAUUUUAAUUUGCAAAUUAUUUAAAUCUGUAAGAUUAGUUGGAAUAAUUAACUGAUGAAAUCUUACAAUUUUCAAAAAUGAGAAGCGUAUCAUCAAAUUAACAAUGGUUAAUCUUUUGGAUUAUUUACUAAAUUACAUCUAUUUUACUAAUAUUUGUUUUAGUUAUCGUUCGUAAAAGAAUGUUGAAAACAUAUGAGAAAUUGUUAAGUCUAUUCUACUAUUCAGAUAGGAAUUCUUUGGAAUAAGAAAUUCUCAAACUUAAAAAUUUACAUUAAACUAUAUCUAUUUAAAAUCAAGAAGUAAUUAAGAGAUAUGAAUUCGAUUUUAAAGAAAGAGAAGAAUAAUUGAACCAUAAGAAGAACAAGUCGCAUUCAUAAAACAUUGAGUAGCAAAAGUUAAGAAAGAGUAAUGAUUAAUUGCCUCAAUUGUUUACAUAUUUGGGCAUUUUUAUUAUGUACACAUACUUCUUGGUUUACUCAGUUGUAAUUUAUGAUUAAACAAAGAAUUACCUAGUUAAAUAUAAACAAACAACUGAUUUCUAUAGAUUAGUUCAGGAAAUGAGAUUUAGAAGUGGAACAAUCUAUGUUUACAGAGAGCUCUUUUUUAGAUGGUCUAACUUUACUUAUUUAACACCAAAUGACUUAGAUCGUUUGUAUUAGUUAGUAGAAAAGUCGCAAAGUAUAAUCCAACAGUAUCUAAAUGAUCAGAGUGAUAUAUAGACUGAUGAUUAUCUACUGUCAGACAGUUAUAUGAAUUACAUUACUCAAGUUGAAAAUUCUAAUCUAUGCAAUUUUAUAGAUGCAUAAUACAUCAACAUAACAAGUUAUUGUUCAAUUGCUUUGGAUGGAGUGUUACUUAAAGGUAUGAUUCCUAGUUUAAAUUACAUUUCUGCUGCCAUAAGGAAUCAACAAGCCAUCAAUAAUUUUACAAAAAGAGCCGAAGUCCAUUUUUAUGAAUUGGAAGGUGGUUAAAUAAUUUGUUAAGUGUUUACUAAUGUAUCCCAAAUAUUACAAUAAGGAAUGAUUGAUUUGACUCACAAGUUUAAUUAAACGAAUGAAGUACAAAUAUUUUAGAAAUAGAUCCUAUCUUAUAUAUUCCUUGUUACUUAGUUGUCCUUAUCAAUUGCUAUACUAAGUUGUUUUAAGAAGUCUCUGAUGAAUGAAUUCACUAUGUAUAAGAAAUCUCUGUAUCUCAUACCCAUCCAAGUAUUACUUGGGGAUAAUUCUUUGGAAAGAGCAUUAAGAUAAUAUGAAUUCACUGAAAAGAUUUGA